AUGGAGAAUCUUGCCCUCGGAUAUCUGUUCAGCCACAAGCCUGAUAGACCGGCUGCACUGUCCACCCUGGGGUCUCAUCUGAGGGCUCACUUCGAGCGCUACGGUGUUAUUGAAGUGCUCCAGAACUCAGUAGCGAAGCUACGCCUGGCCAACAACCUCACCCCUCUGGGGCACCCUGAGAAGCCCGCGCGCCUUGCCAGCCUUGGUUCAUCUUUGCGCGGGCGGUUCGAGCGUCUUGGCAAGACGGAGGACUUGGAUCUCGCGCUUGCAUCGCACCGUUUGGCGCUUUAUCUCACUCCCGAUGGAAACCCUGAUGAGCCAGCGCGACUGGCUGACUUUGGCGACACACUGCGUACUCGCUUCGAACGUUUUGGCGAGUUGGACGAUCUCAAACAAGCCACUGCCGUACACCAGCGUGCCCUCGAUGAAACGCCCGCGGGGAAUGUCGAAUACUCCGAUCGGCUCUUCAGUCUUGGUAUCACUCUCAGAGAACGAUUCAUGCGUCUUGAUGCCAACGACGAUCUCCACUACGCAAUCGACGUUCUCGAACGGGCUGUUAGCCUUACACCCGAGAAUCACAUCAAGAGAUCCAUGCGACUUGGGAACUUCGGCAGAUGCCUAGUGAAUCGUUUUCGCCGUCUUGGAGAGCCGGAUGAUCUCGAGCGUGCAAUUGCGACUCACGAGAAGGCUGUUGAGCUCCUACCGAAGGGGCAUCCCGAAAAGCACAAACGACUGGCCGCUCUUGCUGUAUCUCUCGGGGACCGCUACCUACGCUACGGGGAUGUAUCAGACCUCGAGCGCACGAUGGAAAUGCAAGAACUCGCGCUCAAACUCACCCCCGAGGAUCACUCUGACAGACCUGAGCGACACGCAAACUUGGCCGUCUCUCUUGGGGAGCGCUACCGACGCCACGAGGACGCAUCGGACCUCGACCGCGCGAUAGAAAUGCAAGAGCUCGGGCUCAAGCUCACGCCCGAUGAGCAUCCAGACAGACCCGUACGACUCACGAACUUGGCCGUCUCGCUUUGGGACCGCUACCGACGCCGAGGGGAUGCAUCAGACCUCGAGCGCGCGAUAAAGAUACAAGAGCUUGUGCUCGAUCUCACGCCUGAGGGCCACCCUGACAGGCCCAUACAACUUGCGAACUUGGCCGUCUCCCUUUUACAUCGCUACCGGCUCCGUGGGGUGUCAUCGGACCUUGAGCGCGCCAUAGAAAUGGAAGAGUUCGCGUUCAGACUGUUGCCAAACGAUCACCCCGACCGUCCAGAACGACUCGCGAGCUUGGCCACCUCUCUUUCGGACCGCUACAGACUCCACGGGCAUGCGUCAGACCUCGAGCGCGCGAUCGAAGUAGCAGAGCUUGCACUCAAGCUCACGCCCGAAGACCAUCCUCGGAUGCAUGAUCGACUUGCGAACCUGUCUGUCUUCCUUCUGGACCACUACCGACGCUGUGGGAAUGAAUCAGGCCUCAAGCGCGCGAUCGAAGCGGACGAACUUGUGCUCAAACUCACACCCGAGGAUCACCCCAGUAGGCAUGAUCGGCUUGCGAACUUGUCCGUCUCCCUUCAGGAUCGCUACCGAUGGCGCGGAGAUGCAUCAGACCUCAAGCGGGCGAUCGAAUUGAAGGAGCUCGCGCUCAAACUCACGCCAGACGAUCACCCCGACAGACCCGAUCGACUCACGAACUUAGCCUCGUUUCUUUCGGAUCACCACCGACGCCGGGGGGAUGUAUCAGAACUCGGGCGCGCAAUGGAAUUGCAAGAGCUUGCCUUCACACUUACGCCCGAGGAUCACCCUAGCAGGCCUGAGCGACUCGCGCGCUUGGCCUUCUCACUUUGGGACCGCUACCGGCACCGGGGGGAUGUACCAGACCUUGACCGCGCGAUGGAAUUACAAGAGCUCGUGAUUAAACUCACGCCCGAGGAUCACCCCAGCAGGCCCGAUCGACUAGCGAGCCUGGCCGUCUCACUUCGAGCCUGCUACCGACGCCGUGGGCAACCAUCGGACCUCGAGCGUGCAAUAGACAUGGAAGAGCUUGUGCUCGAACUCACGCCUGAGGUGCAUCCUGACAGACCCAAACGACUCGCGAGCUUGGCCAUCUCACUUCGGGUCCGCUACCAACUCCGCGGCGAUGCAUCGGACCUCGAGCGCGCAAUAGACAUGCAAGAGCUUGCUCUCCAGCUCACACCUGAGGAGCAUCCUGACAGACCCAAACGACUCGCGGACUUGGCAGUCUCUCUUUUGGACCGAUGCCGACGCCGGGGAGAUGCAUCAGACCUCAAGCGCGCGAUGGAGAUGGAAGAAGUAGCGCUCAAACUCACCCCUGAGGAUCACCCCAGCAGGCCAGAUCGACUGGCGAGUCUGGCCGUCUCACUUAGAGUCCGCUACCGACGCCUUGGGGAGUCAUCAGACCUCGACCGCGCUAUGGAGAUGGAGGAGCUUGCGCUCAAACUCACGCCUGAGGAGCAUCCUGACAGACCCAAACGACUUGCGAACUUGGCCGUCUCUCUUUUGGACCGCUACCCACUCCGCAUGGAUGCAUCAGACCUCGAGCGCGCAAUAGAGAUGCAAGAGCUUGCUCUCGGACUAACCCCUGUCGGGCACCAAGACGAGGUUGUACGUCUGUACAACCUGGGCAUCUCGUUUUGGACACGUCUGGAGAGGCAGCAGAGCAAGCGCAAUUUCAACUCUGCCUUUGAGUGCUUCAUGAAGGCCACGACACGAUUACUCGGUAAUCCAUCCCUUCGCUUGAAAGCAGCACAAACGUGUGUAGCACUUCUCUCCAAGUACGAUGACUUUUGCUCUAUGGAUUCUCUCCUCCUCGCACAUGCAAACAUUAUCCGGGUCUUUCCCGAGAUAGUGUGGCUCGGGCACAGCGUCAAUCGACGGUUCGAGGAGUCGGCGAAUCUGGCUUCCUUAGUCAAUGCUGCAGUGGCGGCCUUCAUCCAAGCUCGCUCAAGAUAUCAAGCAAUAGAGUGGAUGGAGGCAGGCAGGUCUCUCGUAUGGUCGCAGAUAACAUCUCUACAGAUUCCAUCGGAGGACAGGCUGAAGGAGAAUCACCUUCUUCUCGCCUCCCGUUUGCAGGACGUGUUACUGAGACUUCGUUCAGGCUCUGAAAAUGUGUCUCAUUUGUUGAAUCCCGAUCUGCAGCAACAGGGCUUCGGGCCGGAACAACUUCUGCACAGUGUGGGAACAUCUGGAUACUCUGUAGAAUCGAGGGAGUCGGACUACGAUACAGGAGCGAAUCAGCAUCGUCGUCUGGUCAUCGAGUACGAUAGUAUCCUGAAAGAAGUUCGCAGCCAUGCUGGCUUUGAGAACUACAUGCGUCCGCCAGAGAUAGACAGCCUUCUUUCGUCUAUUGAACGCCUCGAUGGACCUAUUGUCUUCAUCAACAUUCACAGCUCUUCCUGCGACGCCCUCGUUCUCUCCCCAAAUGGAGCGGUCAAGCGCAUUACUCUUGCCGGCCUCACAGAAAGCCGGGCACGCAACUUGAGGGCCCGUUGGAUGCAUUGCCUUUCAGCGUCGGAUCCGCGUAGACGCGGUUCCGUGCGUCCAGAACAGUACAACUGGAGCGGUACCUCAGCUAUGUUUGACAUAGUCCUGAGCCGUUUGUGGACAUGGGUUGUACAACCGAUUCUCCAAGGCAUGGGCCGUAUCGGCAGCAGCAACAUUCCGGGCCAAUUGCCGCACAUCACCUGGUGUCCUACGGGUCCACUCACUCAGUUGCCACUCCAUGCCGCAGGCGAGUAUGACACAAUGCAGCCCGGCCGACCGCACGUCUUCGACUUCGUAGUCUCCUCGUACACCCCGUCGCUGUCUGCGUUGCUACGCUGUCGAGAAGGCUUAAAUGCUACGACCUUGAAGCCCUGUAUGCUUGUUGUUGCGCAGCCAGAGACUCCCAAGUUAGCAGCGCUUCCCGGUACGAAAGCCGAAUGUGCUCGACUUCGCGAGCUCCUCCCGGAGAGCGUGUUCAUGGUCCAGGAGGAAGCUACCCUCGCCGCUACUCUCCCCGAGAUCGGUCAAUAUCCCUGGUUACAUCUUGCCUGCCACGGCUCUCAGGACUUGGUCCGGCCCACGCAGAGCGCAUUCGCGCUGUAUGACGGACCUCUGACGCUGUCGUCGCUCAUGAACACAGUCGCGAGUGACGCCGAACUUGCGUUCUUAUCGGCGUGCCAGACCGCCGUCGGCGACGAUAAGAACCCCGAGGAGUCUAUCCAUCUCGCAGCAGGAAUGCUCGCAGUUGGCUUCAAGGGUGUCAUCGCGACGAUGUGGUCCAUUGGAGAUGACGAUGCACCGGUGGUUGUCGAGGCGUACUACAGGAAGCUCCUUGAGCUGAGAAGCACGCCGGAUGCGAUUGAAGGGCAGACGGGAGCGGCAUACGCGCUACAUUAUGCGGUGCAAGUCUUGAGAGAGCGACUUGGGGAGCGGAACUUCGUGAAGUGGGCCCCAUUUGUGCAUUUUGGCGUAUAG